GUCUAAACGCCUUCUGAAAACCUUUCAACGGAUCCCGGACCAUUUCCCAAACUCAAAACCACUCCUACAAAUAACAACAAAUUGUACCAAACUCAAAUACAGUUACCAAAAGCUCUGAGUUCGUUCCUGGUGGAAGCUUUCCCAUUAGGAGAGUUACAGAUUCUUGAGUUCACAGAUCGUCUUCAACAAUGUCGGGCCGUGGAAAGGGGGGCAAGGGUUUGGGAAAGGGAGGUGCCAAGCGACACCGCAAAGUGCUCCGUGAUAACAUCCAGGGAAUCACGAAGCCUGCUAUUAGGCGUUUGGCUCGUAGAGGUGGUGUGAAGCGUAUCAGUGGUCUCAUCUAUGAAGAGACCCGUGGAGUACUCAAGAUCUUCUUGGAAAAUGUCAUUCGUGAUGCUGUGACUUACACUGAGCACGCAAGGAGGAAGACGGUGACGGCCAUGGAUGUUGUUUACGCUUUGAAGAGACAGGGCAGGACUCUAUACGGUUUUGGAGGUUAAGCCUUUCAAUGUUAAAAUUAAAGUCUUGCUGUCAAGAAAGAUUCGGGGUUUUUGGGAGAAGGUUGGACGUUGUUUUAUGGUGAUAUCAUUAGAAUGUUAGGUUUUGUAUUUGUAAUUAUUAGUUCUUGUGGUUUCGUUGCUAGUACUUGGUUGCAUUAUGUUGUGAAAUUCAAUCUCCAAUGACAAUACUGUUUGAAUCCAAUGAAUCAUAUUUUCCAGCAA